CCAGCCACACCGACCCAGGCAGAGGCAGGGCUGUUCACCCGCGCCGAGCACAGCACGUCCGCCAGGCGAAAUUACACCGCAGAGCGCUGCCGCCGACUGAACCCACAGUUAUAUUCACAGCGGACGUCUUAUUAUAAUAUCAUGUUUUGACACUGGGCAGCGCUCCUCUGUCCGUGUCCGGCGUCAGAAACACGUCGUCCCCGGAUUCAUUUUUGAGGUAACUGAUCUCUCUCAGGCACCGAGACGUCGACAGCGAGAGGACCACACUCUCUCACCGUUAGCUCGCUAACGCUAGCUAGCCCGCUAGCCGAUAUCCUCCACUACUGGCGAUAGUUUUCUGCUUCGUCGAGGCGUUUAGCUAGCUUGCGGUCUCUUGCGCCACGGCAGCGAAUUGAGGUCUCGCCUGUCACUCUAGGAGCAUGUCUGAGUGACAAGCGAAGGAGGAAGUGGGAUCUCUGAAGCUCCGCCCUCUCUGCCGGUGGAGCCCCCCCACACAUCUGACCAGAGACCCCUUUACUCAAUCGGACAGGAUGCGGCGGUUUGCCUACUGCAAGGUGGUGCUGGCCACCUCUCUGGUGUGGGUGAUGCUGGACAUGUUCAUCCUGCUCUACUUCAGUGAGUGCAACAAGUGUGAUGACAAGAAGGAGAGAGGACUGCCCGGAAGAGACGAUGCUCUGGCCAGGCCGCGGGACGGGCCCGGUGAGGGGGGGAAACCGGUGGUGAUCCCGAAGGAGAACCAGGAGAAGAUGAAGGAGAUGUUCAAGAUCAACCAGUUCAACCUCAUGGCCUCCGAGAUGAUUGCUCUCAACCGGUCACUGCCUGACGUCCGCCUGGAAGGGUGCAAGAACAAGUUAUACCCAGAUAAUCUUCCUCGUACCAGCGUUGUGAUCGUGUUUCACAAUGAGGCAUGGAGCACUCUGCUGAGAACCGUCCGCUCAGUCAUCGACCGCUCUCCCCACACACUGCUGGAGGAGAUUGUCCUGGUGGACGAUGCCAGUGAGAGAGAUUUCCUGAAGCGUCCAUUGGAGCAGUAUGUCAAAAGGUUGGAGGUCCCAGUCAGAGUGGUGAGGAUGGAGCAGAGGUCUGGGCUCAUCCGCGCUCGACUCAAAGGAGCAUCUAUCUCCACUGGCCAGGUUAUAACCUUUCUGGAUGCUCAUUGUGAAUGCACAACAGGGUGGUUGGAGCCUCUGCUAGCCCGCAUCAAGCUAGACAAGAAAACAGUGGUAUGCCCCAUCAUCGACGUCAUCAGUGAUGACACAUUUGAGUACAUGGCCGGCUCUGACAUGACCUAUGGCGGCUUCAACUGGAAACUCAACUUCCGCUGGUACCCGGUGCCUCAGAGAGAGAUGGACCGCCGCAAGGGAGACCGAACGUUGCCUGUCAGGACCCCCACCAUGGCAGGUGGCUUGUUCUCCAUUGACAGAGAUUAUUUCCAGGAGAUCGGCACAUAUGACGCAGGCAUGGACAUCUGGGGUGGAGAGAACCUGGAAAUCUCAUUCAGAAUCUGGCAGUGUGGCGGCACUCUGGAAAUUGUCACAUGUUCCCACGUGGGCCACGUGUUUAGAAAGGCCACACCCUACACGUUUCCUGGAGGAACGGGACAGAUCAUCAACAAAAACAACCGGCGCCUGGCAGAGGUGUGGAUGGAUGAGUUUAAAAACUUCUUCUACAUCAUCUCUCCUGGUGUGACUAAAGUUGAUUAUGGUGACAUCACGUCUCGUGCUUCUCUGAGACAGAAGCUUCAGUGUAAACCUUUCAGCUGGUACCUCGAGAAUGUCUACCCCGACUCCCAGAUCCCCAGGCACUAUUACUCCCUGGGAGAGAUUCGCAACGUGGAGACCAAUCAGUGCUUGGACAAUAUGGCCCGUAAGGAGAAUGAGAAGGUCGGCAUUUUCAACUGCCACGGCAUGGGAGGCAACCAGGUGUUUUCCUACACAGCCAAUAAGGAGAUCAGGACAGACGACUUGUGUCUAGACGUGUCCAAGCUAAACGGGCCUGUCAUGAUGCUCAAGUGUCAUCACCUCAAAGGCAACCAGCUCUGGGAGUAUGACCCUGUGAAGCUGACCCUGGUCCAUGUCAACAGCAACCAGUGUCUGGACAAAGCCAGCGAGGAGGACAGCCAGGUGCCCAGCGUCAGAGACUGCACACACUCACGCUCCCAACAGUGGCUGCUCCGCAACGUCACACUACCCGAGAUCUUCUGAUCACACUCUGCACACCCACAGACACACACAUACACGCACUCACACUGACACACGCAGCGGCCCAGCGCGAGCAUGCAAGGGAGCGGACUUGUUUAUUAGAGUACAAUCGGGCAUCUGGAAAGGAAAGACUUUCCAUGAACGGAUGUAGAGGUUGAGGAGGACGGAUUGGACGGUACUACCUCUAGCAGCUUCUGCACUCUGGCUCCUGCUGGGGCUAGAUGGAGAUAUCAGAGGGAGGAGUGUGUUUGACCCUCCUCAGGACAACAAGAGACUCCCUCUAGGAGACGUUGGCUACUUUUUCUUUUUCUUUUUCUUUUUUUUUUUUUUUUUUUUUUUUUUAAGAGAUUUUAAACACAGAGAGAGACUCGCUCCUGUGUGUGAACAUGAGAGAGAUCGGUGGAGGCGAGGUUCUGUGCUCGCAGCUUCCCUGGACGAAAGUGUCCCACCCCUCAACUCAUCAUGUAACGUUUACUGACUCUGACUGCCUCUUAUGAGAGUGUACGCAUGUUUGAGUGUGUGUGUGUGUGUGUGUGUGUCUGUGUGUGUGUGUGUGUUUAUGAGUGAGUGUGUGUUCAGAGAUGAAUGUAUGGCUACGAGAGCGGGGCUAUUCCUUAAUGAUUUUUUUAAUUUAAUUUUGUAAUGGAUUUUGAAAAUGUCCUGGUGAACUCAUAUGAAGAAGGGUGCAUGCACGAGCAAGCAAGUGUGUGUGUGUGUGUGUGUGUGUGUUAGUGAGCUAGAGAGUAUGUGUCAUGUAUGCCUGAAUGAGAGCCCCUCCAACAGUCUUGCAGAAGUGUAUGUCUCCCUCUAGUGUUGCUCCUUGGCAUUUCAGCCUACAGACUGAAGCCUCCUCGCCGAAGAAUAAAUACCAAGGGACUCCAUAAGAAAAAAAAUGAGGAUUCGACGUCUGCCAUCAGCAGAGAUCUAGAGAUAGAGAUAUAUGAUGUUUUGUGAUAUCUUGAGAUUUCUAUGUCCAAUUUUUUUUUUUACAUGGCUUUGUCUGUUUCUACAGUCCUGUGAGCGUGCCACAGAACAGUAACCCUAGUCUGUCUGUAUCUGUUGUCUUUAAGGAUGUUUAACAUAGAGCUAACACAUAUACACACACACACACACACACAGAGGACUCUUCAUAUCUAACUGAUGUUCACUGCCUAAUGUAGUGUUCAACCAUAAGGAGCUUUCCCGUAAGGCACUACAUAGUAAAACACACACAUAAACACAAACAUAUAGGAAAAGGCUGUUCUAGCCUGUCACUUUAAUCCAUUUUGUCAUAUCUUCUUCUCAAUGACCUCUUGAAAAUACACUCCAAGGGCUUCUUUCCUUCAACGGAGUGUGUGUAUACGCACAUAGGUGCGUGUUUGUGUGUGUGUAAAUGCAUGUCUGAGUGUGAGUAUGUCUGUGAGUGAGUUUUUGUCUCCAGUGAUGAAUCCAUGCUCUAUCCCAGUCCAUCGGCUCCCUGUUUACCAGAACAAACAGCUCUCAGACGCGUCGCAGAGCUCCUACAAUAGACUGACAGCAGAUCAGUGUAUCCCCGCUUUCAUUGUACAAAAUAGCGAAAGCUGCUGCUUUUAUUCUGAACAGAGCGUAGUUUUGGCAGUUUCUUAAAGACACGUCUGGGACUGGCUGUCUGGAGAGAGGCUGUGUUUGUCAGCGCAUCAAAGAGACGUCGCUGUUUUAGCUCAGCCUGAAGGGAGAGACUGGGAGGGCUGAGGUGUGUUUGAGAGUUCAUCAGGAAUUGAAGACUCGUAGAGGAGAGGAAAGGAAAAGGUCAAACUGUGGAUUACAAAGAGCACAGAAGCAGCAGACAUAUCUUAAUAUCCAUAUCUCACUUCACAAAUAGUAUUUCAGUCUGGUUUAAUCAUAUUUCACUGAGCUGGACAGCAGAACAGAUGUGUUGUCAUUUGUACCUUAUAUUUUUUUUACUGUUCACUUUUUUUUUUUCUUUUUUUAUCACUCCUCUCUGUGUGAGCCAGGGCAGGAGAGGUGAUUUCCAUAAAAGUUUAACCAUUUCAACUUCCUCCAGUGGAGGAGGGGUUUAUACAUAGUACAUGUCAUUAAUUCAUCCUUGUUGUGGGCAUGGGAGAGAGAGGAGGCGGUCAACUGAUUCAUGUCUGAGCGAAUGACUGUGUGGUGAAGGUGUGAGCUUUUCGAUUGUGAGAAAGAGGGAGUGUAUCGAUUGUUCUGUUUUUUGGGGGGGGGCGGGGUUUGGGGUGAUUGACAUGUCUAGGCUUCCACACUGAGCUGAUCCAAAUGUUGUAGAAAAUAAAGGUGAAAAAGUUUACAAAACAAUAUAAGGA